UCAUUUCCAAUGGAACGCUGCGUGUUCCUUGCAGCAUUGCGUUGCAGAAGCAGUGCGUUAUGUGUGGAUUUAUCGAACGUAUGCAUCAAAUUGUAUGCAGAGAAGGCUUGACCGAAAUGGUAGUAGAAUGUGAAUGUUUAACUUUUAUUGCACACAUCCAGAUGAUGCUGCGUACCAUUUUGCACAAUGACACUGUCGAUGUUAUCGAGGCGUUCGCAGCUUAGCUUCCGAGUGAAGGGUUAACAAAUUAAGAUGGCUGCCCCCUUGGAGUUGUACUGCUGGAAAGGCGAUUGGGGUUUACCCUCAGUUGAUACAGACUGUCUAACCGUUUUGGCCUAUGCCAAGUUUGCUGGUGCUCCACUCAAAGUCCACAAGAUCACCAACCCCUGGAGAAGCCCCACAGGUACCUUGCCGGCACUGAAGACCACGGAGGAAAGUACUCGUAGUCUUUCCAAACCCAGUAAUAUCAUCAUUCACCUUAGAAAACAGAAAUACAACGCUGACUAUGACCUCUCAGCCAAGGAAGGGGCGGACACUCUGGCCUUUGUGUCACUACUGGAGGAGAAACUGCUGCCCGCAUUGAUAUACACACAGUGGGUGGACUCAAAAAACUAUGUGGACGUGACACGGCGCUGGUACGCCGAGAACAUCCCCUUCCCACUCAACUUCCUGCUGCCCAACCGCAUUCACAACCAGCAACUGGAAAGGCUAAGGCUGGUGAGGGGAGACCCCACACUGGAGCCUGGGGAGCAGCUGGAGAAGGAGCUCUAUCAUGAUGCGCUAGAGUGCAUGACCCUGCUCUCUCAACGGCUGGGCUCACACAAGUUCUUCUUCGGGGAUUCCCCAUCCUCUUUGGAUGCCUAUGUGUUUGGUCACCUAGCCCCCCUGCUGAAGGUGAAGCUGCCCAAUGGGAAACUCCAGCAACACCUCAACUCCCUGGACAACCUGCGGCAUUACUGCACCAACAUCCUCAUCCUCUAUUUCCCCUCAGAGGGCGGAGAGACACCCAUUCGCAAGGUGUCAGUCCAUUCGGACAGUAGUGACUUUGACAGCGAGCCCCAUAAACGACGCAAGCAAAUCCUGUCGGUCCUGUUCGCCAUGGGCUCGAUGCUGGGCUACGCCAUUUUGAUGGGGAUCGUCAGCAUCCAGCACAUCCGACCGCAGGCAGCGCUAGUGGGACCCCGCCACAUCGAAGAGGGAGGCGAGGAAGAGGAAGAGGAAUGAGCAGUACUGUCUCGGUGUAGGACCAGAUGGAAGGAGGUGUUGUGAGGGGAAAAUGGACGUUCUCUGACUUAUUCUGUGCAUAUUGACGGAGAAUAGAUGGACAGGAAUUACGUUCCUCAAACAUCUCAAUCUCCCACAUUGCACGAUAAUCCUCUGUCAGUUCAGACCACUUCUAGGCUUCCACAAACAUGCCUAGUUAUGCAGUCUCUGUUUUUGGUGCUUGAUUUUUGUUUUCUCGACAUCCCAGGAAGGCAUACCUUUUCUUGUCUCAGAAUCUUCAAGAACACUUUAAUUUAAUUCAAGAAUGGUAUGCCUUUUAUUUUUUCAGGUUUCUUUCUUUCAGGUAGAGGUUAUGAGGGUUGAGCCACUUUCUGAAAUGUUUUGUCAGGUUUCACUUACACAAACAGAAUUUUGACUUGAUUUCAGGUCAUUAAAAGUACAAAUGCUGAA